CUAUCUCACCGUUCAGACUCGAGAUUGAACGCAAUCGAACCGAAAACACCUCGUCAUUCUCCUCGCAUGUUGCAAACUGCGGUUCGUGGCGCGAAUCCACAACACUUGCGUUGUCGGACAGUCUCCACCCACAGAGCAUACAUGAUCUGAAGAUGUCGACUCCUUCCACGAUAGCAACUACUGUCGUCCCAGCACAUUAUGGUUAUGCCCAUCAAAAUCUCUAUUCACCGUCAAGUCGGACGUAUCCCACAACGGCCACAUUGCCUGCACCACAACGAAUGACGACUUCUUACCUUUCCUACCCGACUUCCACCCAAUAUCCGCGAGUACAACAGUCUCCCGCAUCCUACCGACCGCCUUCCAACGUCUCAUCCAUGGCCCCUUCUCAGUCAGCCUCGACAUUGCCCGAAUCCCACAAGCAGCCCAAUUGGAACGAAUUUUACAGAAAUGGGAUCCCAAAAGAAAUAAUCGUCAUCGACGAUGAUAGCCCUGAGCCGGAAGCCACAACGAAUACGUCAGAGCGGCAGCAACCUUCUGACAACACUGCACACGCAAAUGGUGCCCGAAAGAGAAAAGUUGAUCAAGGCUAUGAAGUCGAAUAUACAGACAGCCCGACAUAUUCUACACACCCUGCAAAAUUUGGUGGAUCGUCAUCGUCAGCCUCUUACCACUCUGCUGAUCGGACGACUUCCCUCCAGACGGUGACCGCACCGACAUCGCUAGAGUCUUAUGGGAGCAAUCCUGCUGCGCACAACAGUUACGAAGAUGUGCGGGUGGGCCAGAAAAGGAAAAGAGUGCAGCCGCCGAAAGAGACGAGAUCACAGGCGAAGAGAAAGCAAGAUCCAACAGAUGCCUUUGCAGACUACAUUCCUCCUUCAAAGCCCUUACGAAAGGCCGCAGAUGUCCAUGUGCCUGUGAUACGAGAUACUCUGCACAAGCACCAAAAAGUGGACGAUGACGAUGGCCACUACAUCGUAUCUAACAACACUCCGCUGACUGACCGAUAUGACAUUAUCAAACUGCUCGGUCAAGGAACGUUUGGAAAAGUUGUCGAGGCCUUUGACAAGAAAAAGAAGACGAAAUGUGCCGUCAAGAUCAUCAGAUCAGUACAGAAAUAUCGUGACGCCUCUCGCAUUGAGCUGCGAGUGCUGUCCACCCUGGCUCUCAACGACAAAACCAACAGAAACAAGUGUAUCCACCUGCGAGAUUCGUUCGAUUUCCGAAACCACAUCUGCAUUGUCACCGAUUUGCUAGGACAAAGUGUCUUCGACUUCCUCAAAGGCAAUGGCUUCGUGCCGUUCCCCAGCUCUCAGAUUCAGAGUUUUGCUCGGCAACUCUUCACCAGUGUAGCAUUUCUGCACGACCUGAACUUGAUCCACACAGAUCUCAAACCAGAGAACAUUCUGCUGGUCCACAACGCUUAUCAGACUUUCACCUACAAUCGCACGAUACCCUCUUCCUCGCAUACGACAGCCAGAACGGCGAAACAGAGGAGAGUGCUUUUGGACAGUGAGAUCCGACUAAUAGACUUCGGAUCUGCCACCUUCGAUGAUGAAUAUCACUCUUCUGUGGUAUCUACGAGGCACUACAGAGCCCCCGAGAUCAUAUUGCAGCUUGGGUGGAGUUUUCCCUGUGACAUCUGGAGCAUAGGAUGCAUUCUUGUCGAAUUCUUUACUGGAGAUGCCUUGUUCCAGACGCACGAUAAUCUCGAACAUCUUGCCAUGAUGGAAGUGGUGUGCAAUGGAAAGAUUGACCCCAAACUUGUCAAGCAAGUCUGCUCUGGAGGUCGUGGUGCCAAUGCCAACACGGCGGCCAAGUUCUUCAACCGUGGAAAGCUGGAAUAUCCGAACAACGAAACUUCAAAGGCGUCACGAAAGUAUGUGAAGGCCAUGAAGCCUUUGCAUGAGUUUAUUGCCGCCAACACUUCCUUCAACAAGCAAUUACUUGACCUGCUGAGGAAGAUCUUUGUGUAUGACCCGAAGCAGAGAAUCUCCGCCAAAGAGGCACUCAAGCAUCCUUGGUUCAGAGAAACCUUGAUUGACGAUGGUACCGAGGCUAUUCGUAUACGUGAAGAGCGUGCCGCUCUUGGGCCAGAGGCGAAACGGCCGCGUGUGUGAUCAGCAAGUGCUGAAACAUGUCUUUGUCACCCUACGAUGCACGCUC